AUGAGCAGAGGAAUUAGUGGAAUCGACGCGCUGGAGACGAUAAACGCCGCCGCCACCGUGAUCGCCUCCGUCGAGGCUCGCGGCCCUCAUGGGUCCUAUCAGAAAAGGCGCUGGGCAAGCUGCUGGAGUCUCUAUUCGUGUUUCGGCUCGAACAAAAACAACAAACGUAUUGGGCCUGCCGUUCUUAUCCCCGAGCCCACUACACCCUCAUCCGGGCCCAACCCACCCACUUCCGGGCCCGACCCACCUUUACAACAACCCCCAUCAAUCAUGCUGCCUUUCAUGGCGCCUCCUUCUUCACCCGUCUCCUUCAUCCCAUCUGAAGCCCCAUCCCCGACUGGCAUGCCGACUUCCAUUGGGCCCUACUCCCCGAGUGGGCCGAAUUCAAUAUUCUCCAUUGGGCCCUAUGCCCACGAUACCCGGCCCGUUUCUCCCCCAGUCUUCUCCACCUUUACCACAGAGCCCUCUACUGCCCCUUACACUCCUCCGCCAGAGUCGGCCCAUCUGACUACUCCCUCUUCCCCUGAGGUUCCGUUUGCUAGGCUUCUCGAGCCGAAUAUUCAGAGAUACCCUUUCGCUCAAUGCGAAUUCCAGUCGUAUCAGCUUCAGCCGGGCAGCCCGGUUAGCCACUUGAUCUCGCCUUGCUCGGGCAUAUCAGGUUCGGGCACAUCUUCGCCUUUUCCCGACCGUGAGUUUGCUGCCGCCCCAAGCUGCCCGUUUUUUCUCGAGUUCAGGACGGGCAAUCCGCCAAAGCUUCUGGAUCUUGAGAAGAUCGUUCGGCGGGAUCGUGAGAACUCAAGCGUGGGCCCGACUACAAUUGGGCCCACGGUGGUGAAUCACAAAGUGUCGAUCGAGAUAAAAGGUAAUGAACUUGUUGAGUCUAUUGAGAAUGGCAAAGAUCAUAAAAGAGAAGAAAAAAGAUCGAAAAUGAAAGAAGAAGAAGCAGAAGCCUCGGAUAACACCAGUGUUUUAAACGAGAAAAAUCGUGCUGAUGAUGGUGAUGACAUUGAGAAAAAACGUGAAAAGACUCGGACAAUCACACUUGGUUCGACCAAGGAAUUUAAUUUCGAUGGUGUUGAUGGGGGGAAUUCGAAUUCUGGUGAGCCACUGCGUAUUGACUCGUCCGAGUGGUGGGUGAACGAGAAGGUUGCUGACGAGGAUAGGGCUCGGGAUAACCACUGGUUGUUUUUCCGUUUUUCGCAAUGA